CAACGAUGGAGGCAAGCACGCCCAUCGAGAUGCUCGACGACGACGCGACGCUGCUGUCGACGCCCAAAGCGGCGCGAACGUGGGGCGGCCUCAAGAUCACCCAGUUCCGGUCGCGCCGCGCGUCGACGCCCGAGCCCCACCCGAGUGCAACUGCGCCGACGACGGCGUAUCACGUCAAGGACUGCAAGCCCGACGUCGUUGCGCUUCUGCGCCGGGCGCUGGACGAAAAGGACGCGGUCUUGGCUAUGCAAGCCGUGACCACGCACCCGAAGCUCGUGGCCUCUCCGCUCCAGGACGAUACCGUGCUGUUGCACCAUCUCUGCCAGUGGCCUCACAUCGAGGCAACGCUCGAGCUCCUGCAGCACUGCGUGCACGAGUACCCGGAAGGCGUUGCCUACAUGGACAAGCGCGGUCGGACGCCAUUGCACUACCUCUGCAUGAACGGUUCCGUGACGGUGCGGGCGAUCCAAGUGCUCGUCGUUGCGUUUCCCGUGUCGGCGGCCAUGUGCGACAAAGCGUCGUGCCUGCCAGUGCACUAUCUGUGCUUGAACUCGAGCCAAACCAUCGAUAUGACCAUGAUGCUGCACAACUACGAGACCUUCUCGCUGCGCAAUCACGAUGGCCGCACGCCGCUGCACUGCGUUCUCUCGCGGCCCGACUGCGAGUUUGAACUCUGCGCGACCGUGCUGUCGCUCGCGCCCGAGACCACGUCCGUCGUCGACAGCAUGGGACGCACCAUUUUACACAUGGUCGCGGCGCACCCGACGCACAUCGAGAGCCAACUACUCCAGUUGCUCUUGUCGCUGGACGUGACCGCCGCGCAGCACAGCGACAUGCAUGGCCAGCUGCCGCUGCACCGGGCGGUCGCCAACCCCAACGUGAACGUGGCGGCGCUGCGCCAGCUCUUGCACGCGUUUCCUGGAGCCGUCGAUGUUGUGGACGGCCAUGGACAGUCGCCGCUGCAUCUCUUGUGCGGCAACGAGGCGCUCGCGAUGGACCUUCUCCUCGACUACGCAGCCGUGGCGACGACGCUGCCGACGAGCUUACUUUGGCUCGACGACGAGGCGUCGACAAGCCUGCACAUUGCGUGCAUGAACCCGUCGAGCUCGCCCGAGAUGAUCCGCGUCAUCUACGAUCUGCAACCGGACGCAGCGACCGCGCUCGACAAGUAUGAGUGCACGCCGUUCCAUUAUGCGUGCAGCCAUCCGAGUAUCUCGGUCGACCUCGUGUGGCUCUUCCUCGACCACGCUCGCGCACUCACAAGUGUUGUCGACCACCGCGGCAAGACACCGCUGCACUACCUCGCAGCGAAUCGCCACGUCUCCGUCGACAUGAUCAGCAUCGUCUUUGACGCAGACCCGUCGGCGUCCCAAGUCACCGACCACGCCAUGAAGCUGCCCGUGCACUAUCUCAUUGAGAACCCUUCGAUCCCUUCCGCGCACGCCUACCGCCUCCUCGCUGGCGGCGCAUCGUACCGUCAGCGCUACCGCAUCCAUGACCGCGCCGUGACCGAGUUUGCAACGACUUCGUUUGCCCACGGCCCUCAUGGCGCGCCCGACGUCUUGUUUUCUGCCAUCGACGAGGCCAUCGAUGGCAGUGACGACGUGCGUCUGCAGUAUUGCUCGUCGAGCGCCAUUCACCGCCAUUUGAUUGCACUCUACACGGCGCUCCAGGCGACACCAGCACCGGACGGCGUCGCAGUGCCAGCCCUUCGCGACACGUUUGAAAACGCGCGUCGCCGCAUCCGCCUCCCAUCGGGUGCGUCCAUGACCCUCGAAUUCGGGCUCGUCACGCUGACCCCUCGCGCCGCCGUGGCGGAGAGCAGCGCGGUGGACCCGCGCCGGCUGCUCGUGUCCAUGGCAGCGGUGCUUUUGCACUGGCACGACGUGGCGCAGGUCGUGCACGGCAACAUUUGUCCGGCGACGGUGGUGCACAGCCAUAUCGACGACGCGCACAUGCUGUACCCGGCGCCACCCAGCGUCCGCAUCGGCCAAGCCAUGGCCACGUGGCUCGUCUUUCCGACGCAGAAUGCGCUGUACUGUGCGCCCGAGAUGGCAGCCGCCUACCUCCGGGGCGAGACGCCCAUGCCAACGCCCGCGACCGACAUGUGGCAGCUGGGCUGCACCAUCUACCACGUGGCCACGGGCACGACGCUUCUGGAAGCGAUCGCGCCCCACGCCGCGCUGUGUACGCCCGACCAAGUGUACCACCUGCUCUUGUCCAUCAACGAGAGCGUGCUCGAGCGAGUGGUGCAGCGCAUCGGAUGCCACGAUGUCCAGCGACUGGUCAAGCACCUCUUGGAGAUCUCGCCUUCUGCGCGGUGGACGGCUCGUGGAUUGGUCGAAGCGACGGCGAGAGUCGCCGAGGUUGCUCUGCCACCGAAUGAACCGGGCGAGGCCAGAGCAGAUGCACCCGAGCCCCUCGACCCAGCUGUGCUGCUCGUGCAACGCCUUCGCGACGACGUUCAAGUGCAAACGCACGCGACGCUCGAAGCCAAGACACGUCUCCGCCGCGUCGAGCUCGACCGGAAUCACCUUCGCUUGCAGCUCUCGGAGCUCGUGGACCGACUGAAUGCGAUCUUGCUGGAGAAGGAAGAGGCAAUCCAGCAGGUCGCGGUCAUGACCAAGAAGCGCGCGUCGCUCACGCAGCAGCUCGACACGAUGGCGCACAUGCUCAUCUCGGUCAUGCCCCUCGCGCAAAAGGUCUACGGAGCGAUGGGCGACGAUCUCCUCGCGCGGCUCAUGUCCCAUGCCGCCAUGGGUACGCCGCCCGAGUCGGCCUUGUACGCGCUACCUGCCAGUACGUCGCUGAAUCGAAUGCUACGCGACCGCAUCCGGGACACGAUGCUCGCCCGUGGCUGCGUCGGGCAGUGGGCCAAUGCACCGCCUCCUCUCGACAGCGACGCGUCGUCGUCGUUCUUCCAGCACGUUGAUGAUGACGCCAAGAGCAUCGAGACCAACCCAUAAAACGAGUCUCGUAAUAGGAUUACCUAGCGGGGAGCAUCGCCGCGCGCGUCGCUUCAAACGU